AUGUCGUACCAGGGAUUUGGAUAUCCCCCAUACCAAUACUUGACUGGCGGGCAGAAUACACAAUCCUCCUCCUACUCCUCACUCCGCCAGAUCCCAGCUACCUCGGCGUCACCAGCCUCGAAUAUCCAGCAGACUGAUAGGAGCUACGGACUGCAGAGCUAUGAGUGGCAAGGCCAAAACAACCCGGAUAUAGCCGCCCAAAACUCUAAGCAGCAACAGUCCGGAAACUGGCCAUCCGACGACCCCGCGCAGGGAUACGGGUAUCAUCAGCAACCCCAGCAGCAACAAUCUAGCUACCAUACGUCCAAUGCCGUGUCGUCAAUCUCGUCUCAACAAACCCACCAUACCCACCAAAUCCAGCGGGCCCAACCAGCCCAACAAGCUUAUAGUCAGCUUAUUUCACCAACACAGCAACAUGCACCCUAUGGUUCUGCAUUAGAACCUGUCGCCAUCCACGACUCCGCCAUUGAUUCGCCUUCAAACACCUCUGUCUCCGCUAACAUGAGUUAUCAGUCCGAAUCAAGAAAUCAGAGCAGAUCUCCCGCAAAUGCUGCUUCGUCAAUUGAUCGCCCGAACUCCGCUCAACGCUCGCGGACUGCCGCAGCUUCGGCAAUGACUGCUUUGUCUUCUAGCAUUCCCCCACACCGUACAUCUACCAGUCAAGCUGCUUCCUCAACGCCUUCGCAUUCCUACCCAUGUUACGGGACUCUUAUGUCAAAUUUGGUAUCCUCAAACCCCACAGGACCAUCGCCAUUAGAGCAGACUGAUCAGUCUUAUCACCAGCACCAGCAAAUCGCUAAACUGCAAUAUAGUAGAAGCUCAACAACGUCCGCACAGUCGAACAUCUCUAAGCAUCAACAAUCCGCAUCCCAGACACGAAACGCAUACUCCCCCACAGUGUCAGCUGCUCCCACCUCUACGUCAGCUUACCCUGGCCAUUCGACUGCAUCACAGCGAAAAGGCAGUCCAUGUUGCAGUAGCAGCGGUGCUCCUCAGCACUCUCACAGCUCAUCUCCUUCUCAACACACCAUUUCAAAUACCCCUUACGAUAACUCUGCUUCUGAGGAUCAGGCGGCAAUCACAAGUCAAUCACAAGCAUACCAGUCUUCCACUCCAAAUUUUAUAGACCCGAGCAAAAUUUACAACCCUUAUUAUCAGGAAUAUCAGAAAAAGAAGGCUGCAGAGGCAGAAGCGGAAUCGGAGCGACUUAAACAGAAAGAGCUAGAGAAACAGAAGGAGUUGGAAAAACAGAAGCUGUUAGAGAAACAGAAAGAAGAGGAGAAAGAUAUACAGAGCGUAUUUGUUCAGGCUGAGGUUAAACAAAAGCUUGAGGCAGAUAAGGCGAAAGCUGCUCAUGCACACGCGGAGAGGAUACAGGUUGAAAGCAUUGCAGCAGCAUCCGGCUCAUUUUCCUUACAAAAGGUCAAAAAAUUCGGCCGCAAACCCGAUCACAAAUCAAUAGUAGAAAACUCUACUUCUGCUGCUCCAGCUGAAUCGACUGAGAAGGCGAACACCACUCAGGCACCACCUGUUCAACCACAUAUUCAACAGCCUGUUCCACUACCUGGAGGUCAGGCAUCUGCACCAGCUCCUGCAGCACAGGCUGAGGCACAUUCAGAUGAGGAUAUGGAUCUGGAAAUGACAAUGAUGUUGGAGAAAAUGAAAAAGCUGAAAUCGAAGGAUCCAAGUAAAUUUGCCAGGUUGUUUGGUUCUCUCGACCAGUCAAAUAAUUCCCACUCUCAAGGUAUGCAAGAACGGAGUAGUGCUGCGAGAUUUCCCGCAUCUGCGCCUGAUGCUAGCACUACUAUUAUUAACACUCCAAAACCCACAGAUGAGAACGAUCCACGUCGUGACUGGGGUAAAUUCCCUGCAGCUCGACGGAAACGAAAGUCGAAAGGUCAAGCGGCGACUGUUCAUCAAACUAAUUCUUCGUUCACUCAACUGCAGGCAGAACAGCCUGAGCCGAUAUCUCCUUCGCAGCCGGAGAUGAACAAGAACAAUGGACGAGGACAGACAGGGGAAGUUAUAAAGGAAGCUAUAAAGAUAGAUAAACUCAUAGGUUCCGAUAAGGUUCGGCCCGGUCCGGCACCGGUGUCAACACCAUCACCUGCUUCCGCUCCAGCUCCAGCUACAGCAUUAGUACCAAAAUCAUCACCUAAUCCAGAGUCAGAACUAAUAAAGAACGGGCCAGAUCAGACGGCAGCUACAAUUUGGCCUGAACAGAGACGAUUGGCUCUAGCCAAUGCUGCUGCAAGUUAUAUUGACCAAGUUUUUGCAAAUGCCAAUUCUGGCAGGAAAUGCCCACCUGAACUAGUGUUGAGUCUUAUAAACCAAAACCCAAGCUACAUUGAGCUUUGUGGGAUGCUGGAGUCACGCGGUUAUUCAUUGAAUCGUGUUCAUUUUGCGAAACAUCUACUUAGAGCUGUACCGGAAUUAACUACUAGUUCCGGGCCGACACCUGCUCCAUCAUCCGCUCCUAGCCAGCCGCGAAGCCAACCGCAGAGCCAACCGCAGAGCCAACCGCAGAACCAACCGCAGAGCCAACCACAGAGCCAACCGCAGAGCCAACCGCAGAGCCAACCGCAGAGCCAACCGCAGAGCCAACCGCAGAGCCAGUCGCAAAGCCAGCCGCAAAGCCAACCGCAAAGCCAAACCCCCCCAACAGCGACACAACCCCAACCGGCAUCAUAUCCAAGUACACCAUCGGCAUCUAUGCCACCAAUGAGCGGAACCCCUGCAUUUUCAGGGCCGGGUCCAACUCCGACAUCUGUCCCGCCAGAGAACCGUGUUCCCGGGUUUCUAAGAACCCCUUCUUCAUGCCAACCUACAUUGUCACAAGAAAAACCUACUCCGGGUCUUGCAAGACCCUAUCCUCAACCUGCAAACCCAACAGCCUUCCGACGCAACAUAGGUAGUCCAGUUCCCAGCCCAAUGGGAGGCAAGCUGAAACCAAAAUUCCGUGUACCUGCACCCCCUGCACAUGUGCCUGUACCGGGUUCCAAAGAGGCAAAGGCUAGAAAACGUACAUUUGCAGAGAUUGUGGAUUUAUCGCAACUUCUCAGUGACGAUGAACAUCUGCCACCUUCCACCAAAGAUCCACAUUUGGAAAAUACACCGCCCGAAGGCUACAUGGAUGUGGAUAGUCAUAGCGUGCCGCCACUCACCUCUGCCACGCCUGAAACCGCUGGAACCCCAGCUCCUCCCUCAAGGAAGCUGGAUCCAUCACAAUUUAGAAUGACUAAUUCGAAUUCUUCUGCGGAAAAUGAAGCACUCCGAAAACGUGCAGAUAUUGUAAAGCCGUUAAACAAGGCGGAGGCAUUGAAAACGCGGUACUAUGAUCCUAAGACCAUUGCGAGAGACAUUUUGAUUGCCACCGGACGUCACCCAACUCAACGUCCCUUGAACCAGCACCUUUCAAAGCUGCGGGAUAAUUUCUUAGCUGUUGAUAAUGCGUCUGAUCUACGAACAUUCCGCUGGGAACUCGUCGAUCCUGGCGGACCUCCACCUCCCGAAGUACCUCUUGUUGAUGCUAUUUCCAGGCCUCCCUCACUCACUAUUCGCCCGUACCGAACGCCACCAAGUCGCUUAUCUAAUCGGAUUCCACGUGACCAGGCCAAGGAAGACUUUACCUCUCGAUCUUCUUUACGUCCUUCACAAUUUCCUCAUACACCGUCUCAUCUUCGCAUUUCUCAGACGGUCAACGGUGAUAACCCGUCACUUCAAGAUCAAAAUAAUAAUAAUAAUAAUAAUAACAAUAAUAAUAAUAUGAUGAUGAUGAAUUCCACUCCUCCAAUCCCCGGACCUCGUCGCCGUGGACGCCCUCCGGGCGCGAAAAACAAACCCAAAAUUGCAGAUCGAGUCGAGAUUACGAUUUCGACAAGUUCACAGGUAUCACCCUCGAGGCAACCAUACCACAUAUACGAAUGCAAGUGGAGAAACUGCGAUGCCCAGCUUCACAAUAUUCAGACACUGCGGAAACACGUCACUCGCCUCCAUGUUCCCAAAGUCAGCACAAGCGUCACGUCCUGCUUGUGGUCCGGGUGCAGCGUCCCGGGAGCUGAUGGAGGGAACAACUUCACAACGUGUGAUGAGCUGCGUGAUCACUUGGAGAAAGUACACUUGAAUGAAAUUGCAUGGACGCUGGGUGAGGGCCCAGGGUCGGUAAGAUCCGGUCAUCAAGAUUCCAAUAUCGACGAUUAUCUGAAUGACGAAAAUGGUCGCACCGUCAUUGCCAAGGCAACUACUAAAGGCACACGGCCUACCCUGGUUCUCCCCGCGACCUACAGGUCGAUUCGGUCCUUCAACAAAAUGUACGGUAUCGAGAGCGACAAAGCAAAGGCGCUGGAGGUGAUGCGGGCUAUCGAAAAGAAACAAAUGAUGGUUGGAAUAGGUCUGGGACGCAGCGGGUGUACAUUCAUGAACCCGAAAAGACAGGAGACGAUCGCUGACUCCGAGAGCGUUUUUGAGAUUAUACCUGAGGAUGAGGGUAGGGAUAAUAAUGAUCUCUAG